AUGCCAACUAGUCGCCAUGUAAGCCCCGGCUCGCACCGGAGAGCAGGAGCAGUUUACGUCGUUGGCGCUGGUGCGGGGGACGAGACAAAGGCUCUCCUAGCCUGCUUGACGUGCCGAAGGAAAAAAGUCAAGUGCUCUGGAACGAGCCCGUGCUCCUACUGCGCGAAGCGGGACCUGGAGUGCAAAGUGUCUGAGCGUGGCCGGAGGAGGGUGUACUCUGUCGCCAGGAUUAAGAACCUGGAGGCUCGCUUGGCCGCCUACGAGAGCUCCCCCCAGGGACAGGACGGCAAUCUGGAGGCUGAGACGUACAUGGACAGCGAGUCCCUGGAAAAGCAAUCGCGUACGGCCGGCCCUGUUUGUGCAUCAGUACCAACUACGCAGAUGGAGAAUGCACCGUCUGGCGAAGCCUCGGGCCCGUCUUUUGGGGAAACUCGCCAGUUGUCGACCGUCAACGUGCACACGGAGCCGUCAGAGCCAUUGUCAGGCUCAACUAUUUCGGCGGAUUCUUCACUGAACUCGAGCUACGCAUUCGGCUCGCGGGUGCAAAGGCUGCUUCAGGGCUCGAGGGCGACACCACACCGAGGUGGUGAUUCCGACUGUCUUCCGCGCGAGCUUGACCGGUUCUCAAGCUCCGGUACCUGCAUCUUCGACCUGCCGUCCUUUCCAAUGGAGGAGGAGGAGGCGCGGGAGCUGUUGGAGACGUAG